UGAAAGCUCCAAUUCACAACCAACAUCUUCAGAGGUGACAAAAGGCAAAGGUCUUUUGCUAGACGACCAUGAUGAGUGCAUGAGGGCUACGCUACCGGGAUGAUAGUUAUAAAUUGUUGACAUCUCAACUUCCGCAACAUGUACGCCCAUGUCAAGCCUUGGAGGCAUCUGCCUAGGCGCGCAGGAACUUGUUUGCGAUCUACGCCAGGUCUUGCUGGUACGAGGUCCCAGCUAUGGCAACAGAAGCUGCGCGCUGCUAGUGGGGACGCGACACUUGAAGCCGGAGAGAAUGAGAGUGGACAUAUCAGCCAAUCUCCUAGCGAGGGAAUCUUCUUUUUUGAGAACGUAUAUCCGCUGCGAUUGCAAUGGCUUCUCAAAGUACCUUUUUCAGGGGAGAGGGUCAUGACUAACAACAUGGGCAAGCUUCAGAAUCUGGCAAUUGCCGCUGCCGACCCUGUCAAGGUCGUCAACAAGGCCUAUAAGAACUCCUCGCCAUUGACAGUCACAGAGGUUCUUCCGCGAUUAAAGGAAGGUGGUGCCUUUGUCAAGUUCACGCAUGAUCCCAGCCAGAGCCGCCAGGAAAUCGAGGAAACUCUGGAGAAGUACCUACGCGAGAACCAGACGAAGCCCUGGUGGAACCCAUUUGCACGUAUUCAAGCUAGCUUAGUCCGGGGGAAACCGUGGGUAGAAGAUCUGUAUCGUCUGCCAACGACCAGACUUAGAGUAGAAUUUCUUCCUACUUCACCGGGAGAGGCAGCGGCAGAGCUCACACAAGAAGACUUGUAUUCGUUCUUUCGGCCAUAUGGCAAGCUUCUUGACAUUGUAUCUCAGGAAUCAGACUCCAAAGUUGCUCCUCGAUUUGCACUGGUCGAUUUCACUUCUCGCAGACAUGCGAUCAUGGCACGAAACUGCAUGCAUGGUUAUGUCGUUGAUGAAGCACAAGGAGGGGGGAAGCUUGGGACCAUACUACGUUUAUCAUACCAGAAACGUAUCAAAGCUCAUUGGAUCCGGGACUGGCUCUUGAACCACCCAAGAAUUGUGAUACCGGCCGCCGUUGCUUUACUCACUGGUAUAUCUAUUGUAGUGUUUGACCCUCUUCGGACUUUCUCAAUUAAAGUCCACAUCACUCGUGCUUUCCAUAUCGAGGACAAUAAGCUGUUCAAGUGGUUCAAGACACAGGCUAACGACCUCAUAUCAUUCCACCAUAAAGCCGAAAAUGAUGGUAUGGAAGCCAUAUGGGACGAUCGCAAGACAAACAUAGACCAACUCAAGACCUGGCUCAUGGAGUCUGCCGAUACAUUCAUCAUUGUGCAGGGCCCACGUGGCUCUGGGAAAAGGGAGCUCAUUAUCGAUCAAGCGCUCCAACAUAAAAAGAACAAGCUCAUCAUCGAUUGCAAGCCCAUCCAAGAAGCACAUGGUGAUAGUGCCACCAUUAGGGCCGCAGCGGCCGAAGUUGGCUACCGACCCGUCUUCUCUUGGAUGAACAGCAUCAGCGGCAUGAUUGAUCUCGCAGCCCAAGGUGCAGCUGGAGUCAAGACCGGUUUCUCUGAAACACUGGACAAUCAGCUUGCCAAGAUUUGGAACAAUACUGCUUCAGCUCUCCGUCAAAUCGCCCUUGACAAUCGCCAUCGCGAUGACAGUGAUAAGGCGCUUGGCGACGACGAAUGGCUGGAAGCUCACCCUGAAAAACGACCUGUUGUUGUCAUUGACAAUUUCCUGCACAAGAGCCAGGAGAACAAUGUCGUCUACGACAAGAUCGCAGAAUGGGCUGCACAACUCUCCACCUCCAAUAUUGCCCAUGUUAUCUUCCUCACAAACGACGUCUCUUUUUCUAAAUCCCUCAGCAAAGCCCUUCCUGACCGUGUCUUCCGCCAAAUCUCCCUCAGCGACUGCAGUCCCGAAGUCGCCAAACGCUACGUCAUCUCCCACAUCAACGCCGACCAAGCCUCAAGCCAGAAACCCACGUCCGACUCCGCCGCAGCCGCCGCAGACGAAGACGAAGACGCCGAAAAGCCCCUCACCCCAGCCCAACGCCGCAAAGACCUCGCCGAACUCGACGAAUGCAUCUCCUAUCUCGGCGGCCGCCUCACCGACCUCGAGUUUCUCGGCCGCCGCAUCAAAGCCGGCGAAACACCCAAGAAAGCCGUCCAGGAAAUGAUCGAGCAGAGCGCCAGCGAGAUCCUCAAAAUGUACCUCAUCGGCGUCGACGACAACGCCGCCCGCGCCUGGAGCCCCGAGCAGGCCUGGCUGCUCGUCAGCCAACUUGCCCGCCACGCCACGCUCCGCUACAACGAAGUCCUCCUCGCAGACACCUACAACAAGAGUCCCGCCGGCGGCGAAUCCGCCCUCCAAGCCCUCGAACAGGCCGAGCUCAUCACCAUCCUCAGCGCAAACGGUCGCCCGCACAGCAUCAUGCCCGGCAAGCCCAUCUACCACUCUGCAUUCCAGCGCCUGACCGCCGACACCGUACUGCGCAGCAAACUCGAUCUCGCCACGCUGACCCAGCAGACCAAGAUCGAAAGCGCUAAUAUCGACAAGUACGAGGCUGAGCUGCGGCUCUUGAGCGACGUCGCGAGACAGCAGCAGUUGCCGCAGCAGUUGGGCUCGCGCGUGCAGUGGUUGUUGGAGAAGGUGGCGGCGUGUCAGGGGAAGAUUGAGCGGUACGAGAGGGAGAGUGCGGCGUUGAAGAAGGUUUUGGUGACGGAGUAUUAAGUAGAUUUAGGGGGGUUGUGUAAUUAAUUAAUAGUGUGACUGCCUGUAUUAUACCCUCCUCUAUACUUCGAUCUAGAUAUAUUCAUGCCUGAUGGAGAAUCUAUACCUCAGGAAUCAACUUCGAGCAGAGUUAGGUGUCUGAGUGACUGAUUGACUUACUGAUGGAAGGACGACACACCGGAA